GUGGCCCUCACCUGUCCUCUCAGGUGUGGCUCAGCAGCAGCAGCAGCAGAACCUUCAUCCUUCACUUCCAUCUCACACAGGAGGCGACUGUGGGAGGAAGAUGAACUGGGGUUUUUUGGAGAACGUCCUCAGUGGGGUCAAUAAGUACUCCACUGUCAUCGGGCGGAUUUGGCUCUCAGUGGUCUUCCUCUUCCGUAUCCUGGUAUACGUGGCCGCAGCUGAGCAGGUGUGGAAGGAUGAGCAGAAGGACUUUGUGUGCAACACGCGGCAGCCCGGCUGUGAGAACGCCUGCUUUGACCACUUCUUCCCCAUUUCCCAGGUCCGCCUGUGGGCGCUUCAGCUCAUCAUGGUGUCCACACCGUCCCUGCUGGUGGCGCUGCACGUGGCCUACAGGGAGCACAGGGAGGCCAAGUACAAGCGCCGAUUCUAUGAAGACAAAGGCAGAAUAGAUGGAGGACUCUUCUGCACCUACACCAUCAGUCUGGUCUUCAAGACGGGCUUCGAGGUGGCGUCCCUGCUCGCAUUCUACUUCCUGUACCAUGGCUUUGAGGUGCCCAUCCUGCUCCGCUGCAGCCAGAGUCCAUGUCCCAACACUGUGGACUGUUUCAUCGCCAGAGCGACAGAGAAGAAGAUCUUCCUCUACAUCAUGGGCUGCACGUCCAUCCUGUGCAUCAUGCUCAACUUUGUGGAGCUGCUGUACAUCAUGUGGAAGCAGGUGUGGAAGUGUGUCACCAAGUGGUACGUCCCCGUGGUAGAGAAGACUCCCAGCAGGUCCAUGGCGUCCAUCAUCAACCCGCAUGCAGCAGCUGAACCCGCAGUAAACACAGGGGCAAGUCCCAGUCAGCAAAACCAGUCAGUCUAGUCUGAAAGUGCUCAGUCAGACUAUCAACACUAAAUCUACAGCAUCAUGUUUCAAUAAAUAGGGAGGGUUCAAGAGCAGCACAGAAGUCAAAACUGAGAAAAAAAAACAAAAAAAACAAAGCAAGACUCAACAGGACCUCCAUCCAGAUGUUUUCCACCACUGCUCCAGGGCAGGAUUAUAGUGCAGGAGGUCAGGGGUCCAUCAAACCAGUUCCUCCUCACUCAGGGACCUCAUAGUGUUCCCAGGCCAGAUGGACUAUGAUCCCUCUGUAACCACCUCUGUCCACUUGGAGGUGGACCAAUAUCAGGUGACCAAACCACUAAAGUGACUUCAAGGUAGAUGAGCAGCGGUGCUAGUGGGAGGUCCCUCUCGAUUACAGAGUUCCUGACGCAGACACUAAAACCAAACCACAGCGGUCUAGAACCAAAUAAUGGUUAAUAAUGGCUGGAACAUAACUCAUCUGGUUUUACUUUCUCCCUUCACAACAGUAAGAGCAACACCUGAAUUCCUGCUGACAGUCCAUCAGUCUCAUGUUCCCGCUGCUCCUCAACACAUCUGGACUUUUUCACAUGGAGCAGAAACCUGCUCCGGAUCUGGAUGGGUCCAUCCUGUGGAUGAUGAGCGUACGACAGGCUGAGCCCAAACUACAAACUGUCCCAUGGAGCACUGGAGGUCACGACCCAAAGCACUGGAUUAAUACCUCAGUGGUCACGCGUCCGUGUAUCACUGGAACAGAUUUGUGCGCUUGGAAGACGGCAAGGAGGCGAAUUCUACGUCCACAUGUUGAGUUUGAGCAAGAUCCAACAUGCUGCUGCCUUCCUGACUGGACCAGACCCCGGCCACGCCCACAUCCAGCUAUGACAGCCAAUCACAAGAGACAAAGAUGCUGAAUUGUAACAUUUCAAUUAGUUCAGUUUUGCAUAUUUCCUUCAAGUCAUCAGUUAUAUUAAUACCAGGUUACUGGUUAGUUUAACCAGCUCACACCUGUGUUUUGGUGGUUAAUGCUGCUGCCUCACAGAGGCCUAAAGGUUUGAGAUGCAGCUUUCUGGAUGGAAAGUUGUAGGUUUGAUACCCUAAACAAUGUGAGGGAGUAAAGCAGAAGAACAGCGCCCUCUAGCUGCCACCUAAGUGCCCUUGAGCAAGUUCCUUAAUGCCCGAAGUACUCAAUCUGCAUCAUAGCAGUCCAGUCAAGAUAACGUCAAGAUCAGAGAUCACAACCCUGUCGCUGGAGGUCACCUGCUGCACUCACAUCUGUUUUGUUGAGUCUGUUUGGGAAACUUAAGCUUCUGGGUGCAGUAAAAAUUUAAACGUUCAAAGUACAUGAAAAUCAGUUUAUUCUUUUGACAUCUUGUAAUAACUUUUUAAUAGCAGCAGCAAAGACAGAAGUCACUUUAGUCUCGUUGCCUUCAUGUUUCUGGAAAAAAAAAAAAAUUUUCUGCCGAGUCCUUGAGUGUGUCAGCAAAGUCCUGAGAAACGGGAUUUUAGAUCUUGUGCUCGUUAGUUACCUAGGGUCAAAGGGCACAUAACAUCACCGGCCUUGUGUGUGUGUGUGUGCAUUUGGUUUUGUGCAGUUUUUCCUCAGACUUAAUAUUCAUGACACACUUUAAGUGAUUUUAUCGAAAUAACAUUUCUAACUUUGCAGGAUGGAAAAUUUGAGUAUUAGGUGAAAACGUAAAACCUUUGGGAUUUUUUUUUUUUUUUAAUUUUCUUAUACAACUGGUACAUUUUUGUUUCUGAAUGUUUUUGUAUCCCGGACUUGUAUUUUCUUUCUUUUGCACAGCACCAAAUUUACAAUUAAAUUUCCAAAUCUCUUAAAUCGAGCGGGAUUGUUUAUAAAUUUCCUUCAAAUUUAUAAAAGCAAGUGUCCAAAAAUAAAUCAAAACACCUGU